AUGAAGAACCUCUCCCCCAUGAUUUUCAGUAAGGAGAAGAGGGAUCUGGGGAGGCAGACGCUCUCGCAGAUCCUCGAUGCCGCCACCCUCCACGCCAGCGGCGACCAGAUCCAGUUCAUCCGGAUCAAGCUGACACUCCUUGCUCUCCUCAUCGAGGACAGCAACUGGCUGGCGGUUCGGAGGCUGGGCACUUCGCACGAUAAGCUUGAGGAAUUCGCUGGCAGCACCUUCUACAACGAGCUAAGCAGGGAGGAAUACAGGGAUUACAGCGAGAGGGCGCGGAUUCAUAGGGAUACUGUCAGUAAGAAACACCUCAGGGAGAAGCUUAAGAACAAACUCAAGGAGAGGAUUGGUGAGAGGAUCAGGGAGAUGCUCAGGGAGCAGAAUCGUUGUGCUGGUAAUAAAUAG